UUGCAGAAAUUUAUCAAAUGAAUAACUAUAUAAACCUAAGACUCCAACUGGAUCAUUACAUUUCGUCGAUCACUCAUAUCUUACAAUAUGUGGUCGCCAAUUGUCCUGUUAUUUGUAGUGGGCUUAACAUUUGCUUCAAAUCCCGGCUGGCAAAAUGACAAGGAAUAUGUAUAUAGAUUAUCUGGAUACUCUGUAGCCUCAUUGGAUAUUUCUGAUCAUGGAUCUGGAAUUGCAUAUAAGGCUUUAUUAAGAUUGCAACCGCAAUCAGACAAUAAAAUCAGAGGAUUAAUAGAAGACCCUCAAUUUGUUGAUAUAUUAGAAAACCUUCCCGAACCCUCUCGUGAACUGGACCUUUUCAAUAAACAAUACAAUUGGAAACGUCUCCAACUUUGUCACAAGCCUUUUGAAGUUAUCCUUCAAAAUGGUAGAAUUGUAAGUUUAAUUGUUGAUGAAGAAUGUAGCAACUGGGAAGUCAAUCUUAUGAAAAGUGCUAUGAGCCAAUUCCAAUUGAAUACUAACGCCGACAGGCUCAUUGAAAGUCCUUUGAACAGUCUUCCUGAAGACGGUGAUUGGGAUAAUGAUGCUGUAUAUCUAGUUAUGGAAGACACCGUUAGCGGUGAGGUUGAAACUACCUACAAUAUUAGACCUUUACCAGACCAUGUAGUUCAAAGCAGAAGUAAUGAAGCAAGAUAUCUAGAUAGUGUUGAAAAAGGAAGAGUAAUUGAAGUUAUUAAACAUCAUAAUUAUAGCAAUUCUAUCGAAUUACCCUCAUAUUCUUACGGGUUCGGCUCAAUGGAAUGGGGAAAACCAGCAUAUAAUGCAAUGGGAAAAUUUCUGAUGAGAGAUUCAACAAGUCGUGCUAUUUUGACAGGAACAUUACAUAAUUUCACCGUUCAAUCUUCUAUUACCGUCAACGUAAUUAGUGUUAGUCCUACUUUGAGUGAUAAUGACAAAGGUAGUGUUCUUACCGUCGUUAAUGCUACUCUUGAGGAAGUCAAAUCUCAAGAAGACACAAUUGAGGAAAUACCUCAACCUGUUAAUAUUGGCAAUCUAGUUUAUUCAUAUGAAAAACCUUUCUCUUCCAAAUCUACUGUGGUACCAAAAUCGUCGAAUAUUAUGCUAACAAGUCUCCGAAGUGAGAAUUACAGAAAUAUGAACAGACAGAAACGUUCCCUGGACAAUGGUCAAAUUUAUACAGAUUUUUAUGUACAAGACAAGCCACAAUUGAGCGAAGCACCUGCAAGUCCAUUAUUACCUUACACAAUUGGAUACGAAGGAAUUUCUAUAAAAUCAAAGAUUAAUAUAGUCCAGGAAGUACAGAAACUGGCUCAAAGUACCGGUAAACAAAUGUAUGAUGUUACAAAAACCCACCAUGAAGAAUUCUUAGAUGAAUGGCAAACUAUGAUUUCUUUAAUGCGUAUUAUGAACUUUGAUGAGCUUCAAGAAGUAGCUAAGGCUCUGUACACAACUAAAUAUGAAGGGGAAGAACGUGCAAUAUGGGUAACUUUCCGCGAUGCUAUUGCAGAAUUAGGAACCGGACCAGCUUUAAGAUGUAUUGCCGACUGGUUAAGAACUAAUAAAAUCUGGGGAGAAGAAGCUAACCAAAUUGUUUCAACUAUGACAAGUGUCGUACGUGAACCAACCGAGGAAUACAUCAAGGCUUUGUUCGAACUUUCUAAAUCGCCAGAAGUUCAAAAUCAAUGGCCAGUUAAUAAUACCCUACUGCUGGGUUUGACUAAUGUUAUUCGUAGAGUGUACGUUGAUAAACAGGAAUCUAACUGCCGUUUUCCUGUCAAAAGUUUUGGAUCAUUCUAUAGCGUAGAAGGGUCAAGAUAUGUAGAGGAAGAAAUAGUCCCCUACCUGAGUGAACAAAUGAACGAAGCUAUCAGAAAAUCAGAUACACACAAAAUUCACUCUUACAUUCGUAUUAUUGCAAACACUGGGUCUUACACCUUUUUGAAAACAUUUGAACCGUACUUGGAGGGAAAGGAAUAUGCUACUCAAUUCCAACGAGUACUGAUGGUCUUAGCUAUGUCGAAACUUUCCGAUAGUCAUCCUAAAACAGCUCGAUCAAUUCUCUAUAGAAUUUACAGGAAUCCUGCGGAUGUUAAAGAAGUUAGGAUUGCUGCCGUGUAUCAACUAAUGCGUACAGAACCACCAUUCGAAAUGAUUCAGGACAUGGCUGCUUACACUAAUAUUGAAGAAGACGAUUACGUUAACGCUGCUGUCAUUAGUUCCAUCGAAACCGCUUCAACUUUGGAAGGCUAUCAAUUCGAAGAGAUCCGGAAAGCUGCUCAAGCUGCCAUGCCUCUUUUAACCAAAGACAAAACUUAUGGACUUCGUCAUGGAGCAAACUAUCUUCGAACUUACGUUGUUGAAGAAUUGAGUAAACUAUAUGGACAAGCAUACCAACUAUUUGGUAGUGAGGAUUCAAGAAUUCCUAAAGGAUUUUCUUAUGAUCUUAGACAGUAUAUGGGUGGAGUUAGGCAAACAUUUGCUGAUAUUAUUGCCACAGUUUCCAGUGUCGAUGAUUUAUUCCAAGUUACACGUGAACUGACAAAAAAAUACGAUGAAAAUGAAACUGAACAAAAACAACGAUAUCAAGAACAGGAAAAGAACUCUUGGUCAAGUCACAAUAUUGCAAAAAUAUUAAAUUUGAAAACUGAAACAGCUGAACAUCUUGAAGCCUUCAUGUAUAUGCAAGUGGGUAAACAAUAUUAUAUGGCUGGAAUGGACAAUACUACAUUGGAACAAAUGCCAGAAGUUCUCCGUCAAUGGGAAGAAGAAUUUGAGAAAGAGAAAUAUGUAAAUAUGUAUAAACUAAGAACUCUUGAAAGAACUAUUGCAUUCCCAACAGCUUUAGGAAUUCCAUUCGUAUUCACCCACGAUCAACCUAUGCUGGUUAAAGUACAAGGUAAAUUUAGAGCAUCAGCUAAUCCUCGUCUUGUUGAAGAUGGAAAAAUUAAUAUGCCUGACCGAAUCAAUUUAAUUGCCGAAGACAUGAAGUUGACCAUAACUUCAAAAUUACAAGGCAGAUUAUCCAGCUUAGCACCAUCUAAUCAUCAGCAGUAUAUUGCUGGUUUUGAUAAGCAUUUUGAACUCAACAUUCCUGUUAGUGCAGAAAUACAAAUCGAUGUUAAGCAAAUGAAUGCGAAGAUCGAAGUUGAAAUUGAUGCCGAUAAAGAAUUUCCACUUUGGCAUUAUAAAACUUCACCUUAUGUCUCUAAAGUUGAUGUAACUAAGUUUGAGGCCAUAUCAAAGUGUCCACAUACCAAAGUUAUCAAACAAGGCGAUUUACGAACUUACGAAACAACUAUUGGUGAAAAAUCUACAGGCAUGGCUUUCCGUGCUAGAAUAACACAUUCAAGAGCCUACUUAGAUAUGCUUACAUUGAGUCGGAUUUUAACAACACAAGGAAGUUGGGAUGCAAUCAAAUCAAUCUGGGAUGAUAACAGCAUUCAAUAUGGUGAAUUUGAUUUCACUUUCCGUCCCGAAGUUUCAGACAAUCGUAAAGCGGUAAUUCAACUAUCUUAUGAAAAUAUAUACAAAUCCAAAUCUCCUUUAGAGUCAUUUAGUGAAUGGAUUUUGAAUGAAAACGCAGAACCACUACAACGUCAAACGGAACUCAUAAAUAAGAUUAGUUCAGGUAUAAAGAACGUCCAAACUGUUUCUCUUGAUGCUUCAGUGGAAUUUGAGGGUCAGAACAAAAUUAAAUAUGUUGUAACUGGAGCAGUGGCAAAAAGUAACGUUGAUCCUAAAUCUCGUUUCAUGAUUGCAUACAAACGACAAGCCAACUUAUACCCGCACGAAUUUCAUGUAACGGUUAACAGUUACAUUCCCAAUACCAAUGGUAUUGAUUUGGAUUAUACUUUACAGAACGAACCUGUCGCUAACUAUGAAGUUGAUAUGAAAUUUGGAAGCUCUAAAGGAUCUCUUUCCAAAAUAGAAAUUCAAAUGGAUCACCGCAGAAGUGAAGAACGUAAAAGUUUUCUAAAACAAAUGCCCUCCUAUAAACAAUGUAAGGACGAAGUCAGAGUUGGUAACAAACAAUUACCAGCUUGUGUGAAUAUAACAGAAGAAGCAAAUCUUCUGGAUCACGUUAGUGCAAAAGUUCAUUAUGCAAAUCUAGAUGAAACUUUCAUGAAAUACAUUAAAGGUGGUUUCGAAGCAUUCAAAGUUUUUGCACUGCCAUCUUUAGAAACAAUUGACAGCGACAACUCAUUACGUGGAAACACAUUAGAAUUAAUGGCUGCCUUCCAUCCGGACUUGAGAGCUUUAAACAUUUCUGUAAAGUCACCUGAAGAAGAAAAUAUUUUCAAAAACAUACCAAUUGAUGAUCUUUCUAAAGAACUUUUCGUAGUUCAUCCAGUAUUUAAUGUUCGCACUCGUUUGGCAAGUUACGCCUAUGAAUUGGACACUUACAGAACUUUCUGUACUGUUGACAAGACACAUAUCAAUACCUUCAGCAACUUGACUUAUCCUGCUGACCUAUCAAAACAAUGGACACUUCUGCUACAAUAUUUUAUUGGAAACUCUGAUAGGAAUCGCGAUUCACUAGAAAACCAACUUAAAUCUCAACUAGAACACUUUGUUAUUCUUGCCCGUGAGAGCUCUAUAGCUCCCAAUAAAAAAGACUUAAAAAUAGUAGUCAGUUCCCCUGAAACUAAUUUCAGGGUUGUUGAAAUCAAUAUCACACCAAAUCAACGACAAAACCAGAAUGUACCUCGUGUUACAGUUACAGUAAAUGGAAACCAAAUUCAAUUGAGCGAGAAGGAAAGUUAUGACGUAAAUGAAGGAUACAUCCAAAUUUAUGCUUUACCUAAUGGAGAAGUUAAAGCUGAAUUUGAGGAUGCAUUCUAUGUAAUUUGUGAUGGAUCCACCAUUAGAAUUACCACUUUUGAUGGUAAAUUUGAAAACCGUAUAAUUGGAGCAUGUGGAAUAUAUACACAAGAAGUUGCAGAAGAUUUAAUGACACCAGAAAUUUGUAUCGCUCGCCAUCCUGAACAAUUUUUGAGAAGUUUUGAGGUUGAAGGACAAGAAGGCGUACAAGCUAGAGAAUCUUUCAGGCACAAUUCAAGCAUAUGUAUAGAAAGACGCCGACCUCUAUACGUUGACGUAAUAACUCCGAACGAUUACCGAAGGAAACAAGAGGAAAUAGUUGGAUCCAACAGAUGCACCUAUUACCAAACUAAAUACCAGGAACAAGGUGCUAAAACUUGCUUCACGAUCCAUCCUCAACCAGUUUGCAGCAGUCGUUGCAAAGAUAAGAAACAAGUAUCUAAGAAGCUUCCUGUACAUUGUGUAACAAGAAAUAUGGCAGAUAUGUGGAAAACACUUAUAGAUAAUGGUAGUGGUCCUGAUCUCAGUGGUAAACCAGUACAUCAAAUGCUAUCCAUGUCUAUCUCUGAAAGAUGUUCGCCUUACGUCGAUCGUAACGUUUACGCUCAGGUCGGACGUCACACAUUGCAUUUAAUAGGAGACCGAGGCCUAAUGUACGAUAGUAGUAAAAGUAGUAGUAGUAGAGGAUCACACUUCGACCGUAUUCAGUUGUGCAAGAUGUGGUCGCAGUUUGUCCUUUUUAUCUUGGUGGGCUUGGCCUACGCAUCAAAUUAUUCUGCGUGGAAGAGAGAAAGCGAAUAUGUAUACCAAGUACGAGGACGAACUUUAACUGGAAUAUCUGAAGUAUCUCAUCAAUAUGUAGGUACCCUAUUCAGAGCAACCCUUAGAAUCCAACCCAGAGACGCUUCAAAAUUACAAAUGAUGCUUAUUAACCCAGAAUAUUCAGAAGUUCAUUCAGUUUUGAGUCAGGGAUGGGAAACUGACAUUCCUGAGGAAGAAACUGCAUGGAAACCUUUUAAAACGUGUACAAAACCAUUCCAAGCUCAUCUCCAAAAUGGCAAGAUUUCCAACCUUAUUGUUCACGCCGAAUGUAAAAACAGUGAAGCAAACUUAAUCAAAAGUAUAGUGAGUUUAUUCCAAAUAAAUACUAAUGGAGAAAAUACUCUUCCAAGUCCAUUAAAUACCUUACCUGAUGCAGAAUCUAAUUCCGGCGUUUUCUUAACCAAGGAAGAUACUAUUUUAGGAGUGAGCGAAACACUUUAUAAGAUUGCCCCUAUACCGGAUUACGAACUUCUUCAUUCAAAAGAAAAUGCUCGCUACCUAGACUUCAAAUUGAGAGAAAAUUUGGAUGCUGAUAUAAUAGAAGUAACUAAACAUGAAAAAUUCUCCAAAGAUGAAGAAUUACCUGCCUAUGUAUAUGGAUUUGGUGACUAUUUCAGAGGAAAUAAACCAGCAACAAAUAAAAUGGGUAACUAUAUGAGCAGAGAUUCUACAAGCCGUGCUAUUUUAUUAGGGAACUUGAAUCGUUAUGAUAUUCUACACACACUUUCAGUCAACAGUAUUUUUGUUAAUCCAACAAUUACUGAUAAGGAAAAAGCUGCCGUUUACAGUGCAAUGAUGGCUGAUUUGCUAGAAAUAAAACCUCUAGACGACGAACUCGAAGACAUAAGCCAGCCUGUCGAAUUAGGAAAUCUUGUAUAUUCUUAUGAUCAUGUUGUAUCAGAGGAUCGUCAACAUCGUCCUGGAUCUCAAAACCUACUUAGACCAAAAUAUUUCGGUAGUGAAUACAAUUACUAUCAUCAGCAACCUAGAAUCGAUCAAGCUCCUGAAAAUCCUUUGUUACCUUUCUUUAGCGGAUAUAGUGGAACUUCAAUCAGAAAAUCGGUUAAUAUUGUUCAAGAGAUACAAAAACUUGCAAGAAAAAUUAACAAAGAUUUGGAAGAUGAAGAAAGAGAUCAUCAUGAAAAAACUUUGGAACGAUACGUUAACUUGGUUUCUCUCAUAAGAUUACUCGAUGCGGAUGAACUUAAACCGUUGAUUAACCGUCUUUCCUCCGAUGAAGAUGAAAGUCUCGUAUCUGUUCUUAUAGAUGCUGUUUCGGAAGCCGGAACUGGUCCUGCUAUGCUAGUGAUCCAAGACUGGAUAGAAAGAGGAUUUAUUGAAGGUGUAGAUGCCAGUGAAGUAGUUUUUGCAAUGGCAAAUUCCGCCACUAAUCCUACUGAAGAAUACAUGAAAACUUUCUUCAAACUCGCUAAAAAUCCGAAAGUGUUGGCCCAAUGGCCUCUCAAUGAUACAACUCUCAUGAGCUUCACUCAUCUUGCUCGCAAAGUUUACGCAGACAGAAAUAUAUCAGAUUCUCAUUAUCCUGUCAAUACUUUUGGAAGUUUUCGCACAAAAGACGGAUGGCGGUUUAUAGGAGAAGAAGUUAUUCCUUACUUCACUGAAAUGCUUAACAACGCUGUACAACGUGCUGAUACUUACCAAAUACACGCUUACAUUCGUGCGCUUGGAAAUUUAGCUGAUUCGCGAAUUUUGAAUACUUUCGAACCUUACUUGGAAGGAAAGAAGCAUUGCACACAAUUCCAAAGGAUGUUGAUGGUUUUGUCUUUUGAAAAAUUGGCCGAAACACAGCCAGAGAAAGCUCUUGCCGUAUUCUUCAGAAUAUAUCAAAACCCCGCCGAACAUCCGGCUGUACGAAUUGCAGCAAUUUUCCAAGCAAUGCGCAGUCGACCAACAUUUGAAGUUUUACAAAUUAUGGCAAGCAACACUCAUGUUGAAGUAGAUGAUCACGUUAAUGCUGCAGUCAAAUCAGCAAUUGAAACUCUUUCUCAAAUGGAAGGUGACGAUUACACUUUCAUACGUGAAGCAGCUAAGGCAGCCAGAGCUCUACUUGAUGACAAAGACUACGGUUUGCAGCAUGGCGCUAAUUAUUUCCGUUCUUAUGUUUGGGAUGAGUUAAGGACACUCUAUGGUACAGCUCACAACUUUGUUCCUAGUGGCGAUAAUUAUAUUCCUAAGGGAAUGAUAUAUACAUUACAAGCAUCUUUGAAUGGACUUCAUCGUAAUCUUGUAAACAUACAAGCUAUCGUUUCCAGUGUGGAUCAAUUACUUGACCUCACAUACAAACAGACCAAAAGCUACAGAGAUCAAGAACAACUUAAGCGAGAAAGCUCAUUCCAAGAAAAUCCUUGGGCGAGCCAUAAUAUUGCAAAAUUACUCAACAUGAAAGCUGACGAACGUGAACAGCUCGAAGGGCAAUUGUAUAUGGAAUUAGGAUCUCCUCUCAGAAUGCUCACUUUUGACAACUUAACAAUUGAACAACUUCCUCAAUAUAUCCAACAAUUUGAAAAAAUAUUCAAGAAGAAUCAUGAUAUUCGUCGGUUUAAAUUUUUCAAUGCUAGAGAAUUGAUCUUAGCUGUGCCCACUGUAACUGGUUUCCCAAUGGUGUAUAAAUUUGACAAUCCAGUACUCUUCAAAAUUCGAGGACAAGCUAGUGCUACCGCAGAACCGCAAUUAUAUUCAAACGAUGAAAUUCAAGUGCCCAAUCACAUUCUAAUGCAAUCUGAGUUGAGGUGGACAUUAACAGGAAAAAGUCAAGGGCGUCUUAUGUUCAUCACUCCAUCAAUUCAUCAACAAUUUAUAAGUGGUUACGAUAAACACUGGGAAGUAAAUGUACCCAAAUUAGAAUCAAAUUUCAGUAUUGACAUACCAAAUCAAGAAGUAACAGUUGAAAUUGAAGUUAAAGAAAAAGAUAAAAUGGAUAUGCUGCAUUAUCAUACCUUGCCUUACACAGCAAAAUCUGAUAUUGGAAACUUCGAACCGUUGUCCUCUCAAAGACAUAGAAGACCAAUUCAACCACGAAAUAUGCAUGGAUUCAAACAAUUAAUUGGUAAAGAAUAUAUCGGUGCUGCCUUUGAAAUUGAGGUUAAUCACGAAAGAGACUUUUUAACUUUAGAGACUUUAUACUUCGCCACAUCACACGGUUGCAUUUUUGAAGGACUUAGAGAAUUAUGGCAUGAUAGCAAUGUACAAAACAGCCAAUUUGAUCUUAGAUACCUUCCUGAAGAAUCAUCAUUCAAAAAAAUUAUCGUUAAGUCUAAAUAUCAUGAAUUGUACUUAAUGGAGCCCAAACACCUAAGACCCUCCUUUAAUUUCAAUGACAGUAUGGACCAAUGUGAGAGACAAAAUCAAAUGAUGGAUGAUGUUGCAGAUGGAAUCAAUAAUGCUAGAGCUAACGCAUUAGAUACUGUUAUUGAGCUACAAGGAGAUAGGACUAUUCGAUAUCUUAUCACCGGAGCCUAUGCCAAGAGCAACGUCGACCCCACAUCUCGUGUAGCUGUUUUCUUUAAGAGAACAUCAAAUCACAGCGAGUUGAAAGAUUAUCAAGCCAAAUUUGUUUCAAAAAGUACAAUUGAAAAUACCAACGCUCUUGAUAUCCAAUUUGCUCUAAAUAAUGAACCUAAAGUAUUCACUGAAGUUGAGCUCACGUUUGGACCAACCAAUGAAAAGAAAACUAAGAUCACCGGCCAAUUUGAGCAUCUACGAAGCGAGGAACGUAAACAAUAUUUGAAAGAUUCGCCGUUGUACAAACUAUGUAUGCAACAAAUGCAGAAAGGUAAUACACAAUCGUACACAUGUACCAAUAUGACCACAAAAGCCAAUUUACUUGAUCUUAUGAAAGUUGAGUUUCACACUGAGAAUUUGGAUUCAAAAUGGAAAAAUUAUAUUGAAACGGCUUACGAAGCACUUCGUUAUUAUUUACUUCCUCUUACUGAUGUCCAACCAGUAUCGGGAGAAAAGGAUUCUGUUUCAAUGGAAGUCAAAUUCGAUCCUGAUUUACGAUUUGUUAAUCUAUCAAUUACAACUCCUAAAGAAUUAUCCCGAAUUCACAGCAUUGAAAUUAUGGAUCUUGUAAGGGAAACGUUCGUUAUGCAUCCAGUUUUCCAUCUACCCAAUAGAUUAUCCAGUUAUUAUUUAGGAAUUGAUACUUACAGAGAUUUCUGUUCCAUCGAUAGAAGUUAUGUGAACACAUUCAGUAACAAAAGUUACGAUGCCAAAUUGUCACAGCGCUGGACAGUAAUGACUGUGUAUGUUCCAAAAGAAGCACGUGAAUCAAACUACCAAAGAUCAGAUGAAUAUCUCGAGUCACAACUGGAGAAACAGCUAGAAAACUAUGCUGUACUUGUAAGAAGAAACAGUAACGGUCGUGAUAAAACUGACGUGAAAAUAGUUGUCAGCAGUCCUGAAACUGAUUUCGAAGUUAUUGAAAUUGAUUUGACACCAACCAAAGGCUUCCAAUAUAAACCUCAGGUAUCCAUCAAUGGAGAACAACUUCGACUCAGCCAAAUACAAAGUGCUGAUUUCAAACGUGGAUACAUCCAAGUUUAUUUCCUUCCUAAUGAAGAAGUGAAAGUUGAAGUUUACAACAGUUUCUAUAUCAUUUACAAUGGUCGUGAUGUUAGAUUAACCGCUGUAAAUGGAAAAUUCAAAGAUUCUAUAAGAGGUCUUUGUGGACAAUUCAAUGGCCAAAAAUCUGAAGAUUUCAUUAUUUCAGAAACUUGUAUCGCCCGUAGUCCUGAAAAAUUCGUUAGAAGUUUCGAAAUAGAAGGCGAUGAAGGAAAGCAAGUAAGAAAAGAACUCGCUGAAGAUAAUAAACAAUGCGUUGAAAAAGAAAUUCCUCUCUUCGUGAAUGUCAUUACAACUAAACAUGUUUAUCAUCAAAGUUAUCUAAGUCGUGGAGGAAGUUACCAAAACGAUUGUAUGAUUAGUCAAACAAGAUACGUUCAAGAAAAUGGUGAAAUCUGCUUCACUACUAAACCUUUGCCUGCUUGCAAAAGUCCAUGCAAACCUAGUUCACAGAAGAAGAAGACCGUUGGAGUACACUGUUUACAAGAAACUAGAGUAGCUCAGUUGUGGAAGAACCAAAUUGAUCAAGGACUAUCUCCAGACUUCAGCAAUAAGAAGCAACACAAAGUUGUAGAAAUUCUAGCCCCAGAAAGCUGCUCUAUGUAAAUCAUUUGACGACUAUUAUCUGUAUUUUUAGUUUGUAAGUGCAUCUAGAAAAUGUAAAAAAAAGAGAGAGUAAUAAACUAUUAUCUAUACAAAAA